ACGACGUGCUUACGUCGCGAUCACGUGAUUGCGCGGACAGAAACAAACAUGGCGCCGCGAAAGUGAGGAGAGCUGAGCUAUUUUGCUUAGAUUAGUUCGGGUCCACUCGCAUCGUGCCGCCGGACAGAUGAGAGGAAGAAGAGGACCGUCGUCAUCAUCAGGUGUUCGUCAGCUGAGCAGGAUGUCUCUGAGGAAGCAGAUAAUCAAAGACGUCCACUCUGAGAGCCAGCAGACGGAUGAAAACACACAGGAGGACGAAGCUGCCGCCGACGGAGACGACAAGGACGAGCUCUCAGCAUCACUUCUGCCAGAGCAUUCAGCUCGAGAGCAGCGCUGGAAAGAGAGGGAGGACAAAUCCACACCCAACGAGAUGACAGAGGAGGAGAUGAUGGACCUGGCGUUGCGUCUGAGCGAACAGGAAGCCAGCGUCACGGCGCUGCGACGGCGGCAGGAAGAAGAGGAAGUGAUGAAAGCCAUCGAAGAGAGCAUGGUCGACCAGCCUCAGCCAGGCCAGGCUUCCCAAAGUCAAACUCUGCUCACCGACGCUUCACCCAGGCUCUGCCCUCGACGGAAACUUUCCUACUCCAACAGGAAGAAGUCGGCUGCCGUCGAUCCGGAGACGAACCUGAACUCUGGAGCAGGAGGAGCUGGAAAUGAAAAGAAUAACCGGAAUAACAAGCGGACGAGGAAAGCCGGAAGUCCUCUGCUGGAAAUGCCCGACUUGUCUCAGAAAACCUGCUCCCAGGCUUCACCCAGCAGCUCCGAGUGUCUCUCAGCUCAUCCAGACUCUCCACAGAGCUCCGACUCGACGCAGAUCGACGACCUCCAGCUCCGUAAAUCUCCCGUCUUCCCGUCGACCGGCGGCAGAGCUGAAGUUCACGUCUGCCGGCUGACCCAGGACCUGCUGGACUCCUGCAGGAGCUCCGGCUUCGUGUUGUGCUCUCAGGACAGCUGGGCCUCCACUCAGAUUCCCGCUCAGCCCAAGAGCCCGACGUUCCGCGAGAGCAACCCCACGACGCGACCCGGAAGCAUCGUCUCCUCCGAGGCCGUUCCGAGCCCCAGUAAAAGCCCCGUCUUUGGCCGAAAUACUCGGCGAGAGACGUCUCCAAGUGCCUGCAAACCCCACGCCUCCAUCUGUAGCUCCACAUGUGAAAACUCAGGGUUCACGCUCUCUUCUCAGGACAGUUUAACCGCCACCGCGAGGCCCAAGAGCCCAGUGUUCCUCUCAGAACGGCUCCCCAAGAAACCCACCGAGCCGAGUCCAGGCCGAUCUGGAAGCCCGGUGUUGGACAGGACAGGAAGACGUCAGGAGAGUCGCAGCGAUGUUCAGGAAAAGUCUGAGAUUCCUUCAGCCAACAGAGAGGUCAGAAACGGUGACGGCGGUCAAGUCGACAGUUUUGACGACGCCUCCCAGUCGUCCCACUCAGACGAGCCGAAAGAAAAACCCAAAGACUGGAACUGUUCAGAGACGGAGCUGACCAGCGACAUGACGCUGGUUUUGUCCGACGAGGACGAAGACGUCACGCAGGUGGGGGGCUCUUCCAGCCCGGUCUUCCCAGGGGAGAGGCCUCCUCAUCGGGCAGAGAGCCAGACGGCCUCCCUGAACCACCUGGAGGCAGAUUCUCCAGAGACCAGCUGCAGCCUGAAUCCUCAGAGAUGUGAUCAGAGUAGCUCCAAUAAAACACCUGGAGCUUCUCCUUCUCUUUGUUGUUCCAGCCGGGAGGCGGUCAGCAGGACGGCGCCCCCGUCUGGUGAGCAUGCAGACGGCCCGACGGUCCACUACUACUGGGGGGUUCCCUUCUGUCCCCGAGGCCUCGACCCCGACAGAUACACCAAGGUGAUUCUGGCUCAGAUGGAAGUUUAUGAAAAGAGUCUGAAACAGGCUCAGAGGUGUUUGAUGAGAAAAGCCGAGUGGGGGGAGGCCAUCCUGCCGCAGCCAGAGAAUUCUCCAUCACCAGAGCUGCUCACAGACUCUCCACAACAUCACGCUCCUCAAAGACGAGGCCUCAGACUGAGAGGUCAAAAACUGAGGGAAGCAGCCGAGAGUCUUCCAGCCGAGGCAGAGGAGGAGGAGGAAGAGGAGCGAGGAGGGAAGGAAAACGCAGAAGAAGAAGAAAAGAAGGAUGGCGAUGACGAACCGGUGGACGUCGAUGACUGCGAGGUUUGUCCAGAAACACAACUGAGCGACGUCACACAAGAUCUGAUGAAAGACGACAGAACAGAGGUUUCUCCACAGCCGCCUCCUGAAAGCACCGACUCUCCUGAAGUGGAGAUGAUCCUCCAAGAAGUUUCUCCGACCAGCGACAAGCUGCUGCCGCCGCAGGAGGAGGAGAUGGAGGUGGACGCCCCAACAGACGAGAAUACGCAGCCUAUGGGUAGCAUCGACUCUGGAGGACAAACUGCUAGACAAGAGGAGGUGAAGGAGGACCAGAUGGAUCCAGAUGUGGAGGAGGUGGCAGGACGUCGGCUUCAGAGGUCGGAGUCUCCUGAGCUGGAUCUGGCCAUCGUCCCUCAAAGCUCCGAGGCCGCCGUCGACUGCCCGAUCUGCCAGACGUCCUUCCCCACCAGCCAGAUCGAGAUGCAUGCAGCGUACUGCGACGGAGAGGCGGCAGACAGGAGGAGGCCUGGAGGUUCCCAUGCAUCACUGAAGCCUCGAAGGAAAAGAACCAGAAGAGUGGAGGCGACUCCUGACGAGACAAACGAGCCUUCCAACUCUGGAAGGAACCAGGAGAAGUGUUACAUCUGUCAGAAAAACAUUCCUCUGAGAGAAUACAGCCGGCACACCGAGCUCUGCUUCCAGCGUCGGCCAUCGAAGACUAGGGGAAACCUGCUGUCGGCUCUGGAGCAGACAGAGAGCAGGGAUUCAGAUGCCGGACCAUCUGGAUCCAAACCUGCUCCAGGAGACAUCAUCGAUCUGCGGGACGAUGACGAGGAGGAAGAGGUGGUUUCAGCGUUGAGGAUCAGCGACUCUCCCAUCAGAUCCUUCACCUCCAUCUCUGAGGCCACCGACUGCCUCAUCGACUUCAAAAAGCAGCGCCGGGCCGCGAAGCCGAGCCAAAGACGGCGAUGAAAACCCUGGAAACCGGAGCCUUAAGUCAAAGUCCAAAGAGGUGGGACGUUCAGAGAAGACGUUCUCUUCCUGAAGCCACAUUCUGGAUAUUUAUAUGAACAGAAAACGCACUUAAAACCCGACGGCGACUCUUUUGGUGCCACUUUAUGUUGACGAUGUUUCCGACUACCUCUUUGUGUGUCGAAAUGUUUCCUUUACUGUAGCUUUGCUUUCAAACUGAAAUUAAAUGACUUUUGUUUUUGUCUGUCGCAGCAAAAAAACGUCUCGACUCCUGAGUGAAUCAAUCCAUGUUUCUGCCUUAACUUCACAUUAAAUACUGUCUUUGGAUGCAGCAGAUUGACUGUUACACAUAAAACAUGUCUUUUUCUAGAGCUCAGUUUGUUCAACGAGUUAAAACUUUACAGCCAACGGAUAAAAAUCUAAUUAGCAUCAAAACAGCAGGUAAAAGUAACGACGCUCUGGUUAGAAACUGCUGAUGUGGUGUUGAAUUCAUCUCAAAAACCAAUA